AAGCGGCGGCGGCCCCGCGGAGGCUUUUCCUGCCCGCGGCCCCGGAACCCAGCGGGGCGGGCGGACCCGCCGGGCUGCGCCGGAGAUGACGACGCUGACGCACCGGGGCCGGCGGGCCGAGGGCCGGGGCUCCGAGAAGAAGGGGGAGGGUGAGGAGGAGGCUGCGGAGCGGGAGCUGAACGAGGACGAGCCCGAUGACUCCAAAGACAUCCGCCUGACCCUCAUGGAGGAGGUGCUGCUCCUGGGGCUGAAGGACAAGGAGCUCACAACCAGAGGCAGCAGCAGCCUGGCCUUGAGCUGGGCUCUGUUUUCACAGCUCAGGUGUUCACUCAUGCUUUGAUGACUGGGGAAAAACAAGAUGAUUUUUGCCAAAUUCAA